UUCAAAACAUUAUUAAAUUUUUCAGUGUGGGCUCUGGAAUUAUCUAUGAAACAAAUUAUCUCAACAUUAUCUAAAAUGCCCGAAAUAUGAAUGAUAAGAUGCAGACUUGGAAGAAAUCGAUCAAUAUAUUUUUCAAAUAAAUAGUAAGGAGCGAAACGGGGUUUUCUUUCGAAAAUCCUUGCAAAGUCUAUCAAAAUAUACGCUCCACGGAAUUUCGGCAAAGGUUCAGUUCGACAAAGAAUCAUGAUGUUUUGACUUGCUUGUUUCGAAUCAUUCCAAUAUAAAGUUAAAAAUAUAAAAAUGGCAAGAUAUUUUGAAAACACGACAACAUUCAACUUCAGCUGGGAUCAAGUCGCACGCGGAUACUGGAAGAGAUAUCCAAACCCCCAGAGUACACAUGUACUAUCAGAAGACACCUGGAGUCGGCACGUGAAGGACGGAUGUUUGUAUACAAAGAGGCUGUUGACAAAGACUAAUAGAGUGCCCAAGUGGGGUGAAAGAUUUUUCAAUGCAAAAUCUGUGAAAAUUAUUGAAGAGAGUAUUGUUGAUCCAGAAAAGAAGAUUUUAAUAACAUACACUAGGAACUUGGGAUACACCAAGGUCAUGAGUGUUGUGGAGCGUGUGGAGUAUCGUCCGGGGGUGUCUGGUACAACAGUGGCUCGCCGUUCAGCCUGGGUUGACUCACAGGUGUUUGGUUUCUCCAGAGCCAUCAGAGCUUUCGGUCUCGAAAGGUUCAAGAAGAACGCCUCACAGAUGGUGAAUGGGUUCAAUCAUGUUCUAAACAGCAUGUACCCUCGACAAAGUCACAGUAGUGUGUACACUCUGAAGGAGGAACGCUCCAGGAACGUACUGCCCGCUGUACACACCAGCUAACACAAGGACGGCAUCACUGGAGAUGUGAGAUAGAGAUAGAGAUGGUGUUGUAAUAAAUAAGGUUACACAACCUUCAUGAAAGUACACAAUAAUAAUGUCCACAUAAACUAGUUGUACAGGACAUAUGAACUGUCAAAUAUUUAUUUAUACAUGAAAUGUGUUGUCAAUUCAACUCUGUUAUCAUAACUAGACUACACACACGUGUUAACAAAUGUUACCUCCACUGAUAAUAUAAGGCAUGAGUUACAUUGCUAUUGAACAGUACAAAUGUAAGAUGUAUAGAAAAUCUAUGAUUAUGUUAUGUCAUUAAAGAAAAAUAUAUUUAUACAGAAACGUCUGUGAAAUAUUGCAUCUGUAUAUAUACUAGAAUGAUAUAAAGUAUUUAUGCACUGCCAAUGUGUUGGAGCAUCGUUUGACUUGAUACUGACCACAUUCCAGCCGUGGCAAUUUGAAUGAAAUUUAUUUUUUGAACUGAUAUUCACAUUCUAAAGUAUAAAUGUCUGUUGUAUAUAUAAUGAUUAUGAAUAUUACAUAAUUUUUUUUUUUAUAUAACCUAGUAAGUGUGUUCAGAUUUAAGUUACAACAUACUGGUCGGAUUAAAAGAAAGUUCUUUAUGAUAAUAUUAAAAAAAAUAAAAAUUAAACUGUUUAAAAUUUUAAAUUCUAAAUUCAAAUUGCAUAAUUAUAUAAAUUUUUAAACCAAUAGGAAUUUAACAGUUAUUGCAUUUUAUAAGUAUCUAGGAAUAAACAUUUGAUUGUUUUUGCUUAUACUAAUAUUUACACACACUAGGACCCAUUGUAAAGUAUCUUAGUAUGCAAUAAUAACGAUUCGUUGUUUAUGAUAUAUUGCAUUUUUUUGUUAUUUAUUACUUACUGUCCUAAACUUAAGCUAUAGAUUAAAUAAAUUCAGAUAAUGUUGAAAUCCUUUAUUCUAUUGGAAGUUAACUCGUUACAUGUUUAAAUUAGCAGUAGAUGGCUGGUAUAAGAACAUGCAAUAAAGUAAUAUAUCUUA